CAUGACUUGAGCACUUUGCACUUACCCUCCACCAUAGCGCUCAUCCGUCCUUUCUUGUCUGCGUCCAGGCUCGCCCGCCAUUCUGUCCUUUCUCGCUGUGUCUCGAUGGUUCCAAGGUCGCGUGAACUGUCUGCAGAGCAGCUUGCAAUCCAAGAAACACGCAAAGCGAAGAAAAAGAAGCAGACACAUCCGACUCCUCAAGUCGAUGACAGAGGCAAGAUCGUGGAGCGCGUUUGGCUGAGAUGCUCUGAAGGGGAUGGUGUCCGUGACGGAUUUCGUGUCAAACUUCUUACCUGGAAUUUACUAGCACAAUGUUUAGUUCGCCGGGAGCUGUUUCCAGUCAGUGACUGUUUGAAGGCAGCUCAGCGAGAACAUAUGAUAUAUCGUGAGCUCCUGUCACAAGACGUUGAUAUCCUCUGUCUGCAGGAAGUCGAUCGGCUCGAGAAAGUCCUUCCCGUCCUCGAUACUGCCUCUUACUCGCACCACUACGCGGCGGGGCCUAAUAAAAAGCAUGGCUGUCUCAUUGCCUUCAAAAACAGCUUGUACUCCAAGGUUGGUGAUCGCAAGGUCGAGUAUGACAAUGAAACGGUCCGGGAUGAUGUAGAUGGUCCCGGGCGCAAGGGAGCGAGCUUCCGAACAAAAAAUAUUGGAUCCAUUGUCGCCUUGGAGAGUACGACUGAUGAAAAUCGCGGUGUCAUCGUGGCUACCACUCAUCUUUUUUGGCACCCGAGAUACACGUAUGAACGUGCAAGGCUGGGAUCCUAAGACGCGAAGUUCUGAGAUUUCGAUCAGAACACGGCCUGGAAAAAUGG